UUAUUCUGAAACCACAAAAUACUGCUUCCUCUUUAUAAACAGUUCUAAAGAGAGCCAUAAAGAAAGUUGUUUCUGUUACAGCGUGUGACACUUUGACUGACGGCUCAACCCGUCCUUGUCUUUGUUUGGUAGGUCUAAACGUCUCCAUACUGGUGGAAUGGAGCGUCUUCCUCUGCUGCUACUGCUGUGCUUACAUGCAUUCUGGCCAUGCUGCCAGCCACUGGAACAAGCAUCUCUGCGGUUCGUUGGGCUAGGGGACUGGGGAGGCAUUCCGUUAUUCCCCUACUACACCCCUCACGAGCAGGCCAUCGCUAAAGAGCUCUCCUGGACAGCACAAAGUCUGGGGCUGGACUUUGUCCUCAGUCUGGGAGAUCAUUUCUACUACAGCGGAGUGGAGGAUGUAAAUGACCACCGCUUCAAGUGUACCUUUGAGGAUGUCUUCUCUCACCCCUCGCUGGUUGACGUCCCUUGGUACUUGGUGGCGGGGAACCAUGACCACAUUAACAACGUUUCCGCUCAGAUCGCUUACUCGAGCAGAUCGAAGAGAUGGAGGUUCCCCGAGUUGUACUAUGAGCUCCAGUUCAAAGUUCCCCAGAGUAACGUGUCGGUGACCGUCCUGAUGGUUGACACAGUGGUGCUAUGUGGGAACACCUAUGGGGGGACCCAGCCCAAAGGAGAGGAAAACCUGGGGGCUUCUGCCAAGCAGUUAGACUGGAUCAACUCCAGACUGGCAAACAGCAAGUCAGAGUUCAUUGUGGUGGCUGGUCACUAUCCUGUGUGGUCCAUUGGUCAUCAUGGCCCUACAAAGUGUCUUCUGGGUAGACUACGGCCUCUGCUGAAGAAGUAUAAUGUCACAGUCUACCUGAGUGGCCACGACCACAGCAUACAGUUUAUCAGAGAGGAUGAUGGGAGUUCCUAUGUGGUCAGCGGGAGCGGGAACUUUGUAGACACAUCCGCCAAAAACAUCGAGACCUUCCCGUCGUCAUGGCAACGGUUCUCCAACGCUGUCAACCGUACGUCCGGAGGAUUCGCUUACUUUGUAGUCACAGAGAACAGUAUGACUAUCAGCUACAUUCAGACUGAUGGGAAAUGUGUUUACCAAACAGCAUUGGCAAAACGCAAGGUCUGACACACACACACACACAGAGGCAUCACCAGAUAGUCAACAAUGAGCUGUUGUAGGUCUAAUUAAUAUGCUGUCUGUUUUUAACAUCUUACACUCUGACAUUGUUGUCCAAACAAGGCAUAAUAUUGUAUACUACCUUCAUAAAGUACAUUUCAGUUUCAGAACUGUAAGUCCUACAAACACAUGCUUAGUACUGUUAGAAAGGUAGGAACUUAUAAAGGCGUCAGAAACUGUGACUACAACAGAGCCUGAGGUACAGCAGGCCAAAACAACUGAAAUUCAUAUUCGUAUUAAUUGUUUUCAGGGAGUGGGGGGGGGGUCCCCCAAUUGUCCCCAUGUUGGUGCAUAAGAGACUUUAAAGUCAAGGUUUCAAAUAAAAUACCAAUUACCAAUCACCAA